GCUUUUUUGCCGGUUAUUAGCGUGCUCAUCAGUGUAUACCAAAAACCUACUAAAAAAUAUUGCCUACUAGAAUUAAAAAAAUAUAUAUCAAAAAUCUAUUAAAAAAGUAGAAAUCUGCUGAAUGUGGCAACGCUGUUACCAAAUAAACACAACUGUCCAACUCGACAUUCAAUUGUCAAAUAUUCUUCUUCUUUUCAAUUAGCCUUGUACCACAUAUAUUAGCGAUCCACAUUAUGUGUCGCCAUCUCUAAUUCCGGAAGCUCACUAUAUAUAUGGAACCAAUUUUUUCCAUUGAGUUCGCAGGGCAUGAGUAUAAUAUAGUAAUCAAGUGUAAUAAAAUGGAAGUAAAACAAGAAAUUACGGAGGAAACGUGCAAAAUAGAAAUAGAGUAUAAUGACUUGGAUGAUGCCCUUUUGGAUAGCUUUAAAUGUGAAGUUCAGGAUGAAUGCAACAACCAGGACACAUGUGAUUCUGUAGACUUGAAGAAAUGUCCCAUAAAUAGUGAAAUCGAACAACAUGAAAAUAAAUUCGACCCAUUUGAAGAAGACCAAAAAACUGAAAAAGGUUAUCCCCAAGAUGAAAACAAAACGGAAAUUACGGAAAAACUCGUUGAAGAUUCUUCUUACAAAGGAAAUGACAUGGAUCGACAUACUGGAGGAAAAAUGUCGAAUGGGAAUAUGAAAGUUGCAACUGAAAAAAUACUUACUAAAUGUGAAAUUUGUUGUAAGCAGUUUUUUCACAAAUAUUUGAAAAUACAUAUGAGAGUACAUAGUGGGGAAAAACCAUACAAGUGUGAAAUUUGUUUUAAGCAGUUCAGUCAAGCAGGUUCUUUGAAAGGACAUUUGAGAGUACACACUGGAGAAAAACGGUACAAGUGUGAAAUUUGUUUUAAGCAAUUUAGUACAGCAGGUUAUUUGAAAACACAUCUGAGAAUGCACACUGGAGAAGAACCUCGCAAGUGUGAAAUUUGUUUUAAACAAUUUAGUCAAGCAGGUGCUUUGAAAGGACAUUUGAGAGUACAUACUGGAGAAGAAAUUCAUAAGUGUGAAAUUUGUUUUAAGCAGUUUAGUGAAGCAAUUCAAUUAAAAAGACAUUUAAAAGUGCACACUGGAGAAACACCUUAUAAGUGUGAAAUUUGUUUUAAACAAUUUAGUCAUGCAUGUAAUUUGAAAACACAUUUGAGAGUGCACACUGGAGAAAAACCAUACAAGUGUGAAAUUUGUUUUAAACGAUUUAGCAGAGUAGAUAAGUUGAAAGCACAUUUGAGAGUCCACACUGGGGAUAAACUGUACAAGUGUGAAAUUUGUUUUAAGCAACUUAGUGAUGCGCGUAAUUUGAAAGGACAUUUGAGAGUCCACACUGGAGAAAAACCAUACAAGUGUGAUAUUUGUUUUAAACACUUUAACCAUGCAUCUAGCUUAAAAACACAUUUGAGAAUACAUUCUGAAGAAGAACUUCCUAAGUGUGAAAUUUGUUUUAAGCAAUUUAGUGAAGUAGGUAAGUUGAAAAUCCAUUUGAGAGUGCACACUGGAGAAAAACCAUACAAGUGUAAAAUUUGUUUUAAGCAGUUUAGUGAAGGAGGUAAUUUGAAAACACAUUUGAGAGUCCACACUAGAGAAAAACCGUACAAGUGUGAAAUUUGUUUUAAGCAAUUUAGUGAAGGAGGUAAGUUGAAAAUCCAUUUGAGAGUGCACACUGGAGAAAAACCAUACAAGUGUAAAAUUUGUUUUAAGCAGUUUACUGUAGCUGGUACUUUAAAAAUACAUUCUAGAGUGCAUACUCAAGAGAAACCAUACAAGUGUGAAAUUUGUUUUAAGCAGUUUUCUCAGAAAAGUAGCUUGAAAUUACAUUUGAGAUUGCACACAUGAAAACAUUUCUUUUAAAUAAUUUGGUACAGUAUAUGAUCUAAAACAACAUACCUCUUCUUAAGGUGUCUUCUACUAAACUUGUUUUAAGUCAGGUGUAAGGCUACUUGCUACUUUUGUAAUACGUAAUAUAAUAUAGUUAUAUAAUAUCAAAGUAUUUUAUUUAUACAAGGAACCAUAACAGUAGUUUCACAGUUUAAGAUAAGGGCCAAGGUAGAGCCAUUUGCUUUUCAGUGUUGAUUUUUUUGUUAAAUUAACACGUUCUGUGCCCAUGACGACAGUGUGUCGCCAUGACGGUUUCAUCGAGGGUAUCGACGACGCACGAAUGUCGGCAAUAGUACUGCGUUACUAAAUAAACCAGUUAAGUGCGUGGUAUCAUAUAAAUGGCGUUGGUUCAAGAUAGGCACCUAGCAUGUUAAGAGCCAACAGUAGCCCAUCAUCAAUAUAUAAUAUUUUUAAAAUUUUUGAUUAGCAGCAGUGAGCACAAUAAUUAUUCUGCCAUGUUUAUAUAUUGGUAAUGUAGGUCAAAACUGUGACACAUAGAGAACAGAAAGAAGAAACAAUCAAAUUAAAAAGUAAUUAGGUGUUAUUAUUAGGUUCUAGCAAACAGUCAAACUAGUCAGAAACCGUCAGCAAACAGUUGGUCAGUGAGAGAACAUAAUACAGUCACCAGUGCUAUCCCCUCUACUCACACUGGUCCACUAUUCGCUGAUGGUUUCAAACCGUUUGAAACUGAUGGUAGAACAAACCUAUUAUUCUUUUUCAAAAUAUCAGAGGCCCAUUCAAGGUAUGUUUAAAUUGACAUUUAGACAUGUUUAUAAGACAGUUAUAAAUUUAAACAUACCUUCUAUGGGCCUCUGAUAUUUUGAAAAAAAAACACAAUAAUAACACCUAAUUACUUUUUAAUUUGAUUGUUUCUUCUUUCUGUUCUCUAUGUGUCAGAGUUUUGACAUACAUUACCAAUAUAUAAAUAUGACAGAAUAAUUAUUGUGCUCACUGCUGCUAAUUAAUCAAAAAUUUUAAAAAUGUAUUGUGUCUUGUAUCUUCUUUUGUUUUUAAAUAUCUUACUUUGAAAUGUUGAGUGCUAUCAAGCUUAAUUUUCUAUUUCUAUUCUUUUGCUAUCAAGCAAAAGUCAAAAGAGUCUUUCUUUGAUAUCCUGGCCAAACUUCUGAGAUAAAUGUGAAAUUUGUUCUAAGUAGUUCUAAUCAUUCUAAGUGGUUCUAAGCACCAUAAAGAAAACAAAAAAAUAUUUUUCAGGGCAUAGUGCUGAAUAUUACCCUACAAGAGCGGAAGAAUGGCCAGUGACAACAAUAAUACGAAAUAAAAUACGAACAGUUGAAUUGGAGUUUAUGACAAGGUGUCUACAAAUCACCAGGUAGGAUAGAAUAAGAACAGAUGAAAUAUGAAACAGAAUAGUAGAAUGCUCAAUUACAAAAAAGUUGUGGUAGUAAAAGUAGAGCCCUGAAAUGGCAAAAGGUGACCGAAAAGAUUACUGAAUUGGACCCGCGGGGAGGAAGAUGGAGAGGAAGGCCUGCUGUGAGAUGGAAAACUCACAUAUGCUAUGAUAGAGACCUCAGAGAUGGCGACUGGGAGAAUAGAGUGCUAUGGAAGACGAAAACGGCAAAUAGUCUAAGAGCUGGGAGCGGAUUUUGUGCGUGAUAAGUAAUAUGGAAAAACUAUACGAUAUGUUGAAUUAGUUGUGUACAUGACUUUCACCAACGGCCGGAAACCAGAGUGGGUGCCGAGGGUAGUUAUAAGAGGUCAAAGUCGCGGUUUUUAUUAUUUUUUAUGGCGCUCAUGAUCGAGAUAGUGCACCAAAAUUUGGGAAUAAAUAGGUCAUGACGUACCUAAGUAAAAUAUCUAGGGGCGUAAAGCUGCGUGGCCGACAAGGGGUGGGAGUAGGGGUGAAUAUAGAAAAUAUAAGGGGUUUUUUGCGACGUUCGUGAUUGAGAUAGUGGAUAGUGCACCAAAAUUUGGGUAUAAGUAGACCUUGACAUAAAUAAGUAAAAUCCCCAGAGCCGGAAACCAGAGUGGGGGAGGAAGGUAGUUACAUAUAAGGAGUCAAUGUCCCGUUUUUUAUUAUUUUUUUUGUGACGCUCAUGAUCUAGAUAGUGCACCAAAAUUUGGGAAUAAGUAGGUCAUGACGUAACUAAGUAAAAUCUCCAGGAGUGGAACGCUGCGUGGCCGACAAAGGUGUAGGGCAGGGGUGAAUAUAAAAAAAUGUAAGGGGUUUUUUUGCGUCGUUCGUGAUUGAGAUAGUGCACCAAAAUUUGGGAAUAAGUAGACCAUGACAUAACUAAGUAAUAUCCCCAGAGUAGCGGACGAGGGUAGUUAUAAGGGGUAAAAGUCGCGGUUUUGGUACAAAUGGGUGGUAGGCAGGGGUGAGUAUAAAAAUAUAUGGGGUUUUUUUUGCCGUUCGUGAUCGAGAUAGUGCACCAAAAUUUGGGAAUAAGUAGAUCAUGACAUUACUAAGUAAUAUCCCCAGAGUAGCGGACGAGGGUAGUUAUAAGGGGUAAAAGUCGCGGUUUUGGUACAAAUGGGUGGUGGGCAGGGGUGAGUAUAAAAAUAUAUGGGGUUUUUUUGCCGUUCGUGAUCGAGAUAGUGCACCAAAAUUUGGGAAUAAGUAGACCAUGACAUAACUAAGUAAUAUCCCCAGAGUAGCGGACGAGGGUAGUUAUAAGGGGUAAAAGUCGCGGUUUUGGUACAAAUGGGUGGUAGGCAGGGGUGAGUAUAAAAAUAUAUGGGUUUUUUUUGCCGUUCGUGAUCGAGAUAGUGCACCAAAAUUUGGGAAUAAGUAGAUCAUGACAUUACUAAGUAAAAUCUCUAGGGGCGGAACGCUGCGUGGGGGACAAAUGUGCCGUGUCACAAAAGAAAUAAUACACACUGCGACUUUGACCCCUUAAAACUACCCUUAUCCCCAACUCUGGUUUCCGGCUCUAGGGAUUUUACUUAGCUAAGUCAUGGUCUACUUAUUCCCAAAUUUUGGCGCACUACCUUAAUCUAGCACGUCGCAAAAAACCCCUUAUAUUUUUUAUAUUCACACCUACCCCACUCCUUUAUCGGCCACGCAGCGUUCCAUCCCUGAAGAUUGUACUUAGUUACCUAAUGACCUACUUAUUCCCAAAUUUUGGUGCACUAUCUCGAUCAUGAGCGUCACAAAAAAAAAUAAUAAAAACGGCGACUUUGACCCCUUAUAACUACCCUCGUCCCCCACCUCGGGUUUUCAGCUCUGAGGAUUUUACUUAGUAAUGUCAUGAUCUACUUGUUCCCAAAUUUUGGUCCACUGUCUCAGUCACGAACGUCGCAAAAAACCCUUUAUAUUUUUUAUAUUCACCCCUACCCCCACCCCUUUGUCGGCCACGCAGCGUGCCCCCUUUCAAUUAUUGGAGAAAACCUCAUCCUUUUAUUUAUUAUUUUUUAUAUUUAAUUAUACAAGACUAUAUUGAUUUAUAGCAUGUAUCAAUAUCUUCAUUCGAUGUAUGAUGACACAAUAUAUCGAUUUAUAAUUGUUUUGCCAUUCCUGUUGGGACAUGAUUUGGGAAUUCCCCGCAUGUAAAAGUCCUUACAUGUUCGCUAAAUUACGUUCGACUCGGAUAAAUUGGUUUAGACUAGGCCAUACUAGUUUAUCCUAAAGUGUGAGUCUUUAUUAUAUCAGGAUAGUUUGUCCUGAAAUCGGGUUUGGCCGGUAACAUAUACAUUAUACAUAGAUGUAGAAUUUUGAGUAAAAUUUUCAGAAAAUGGCACAUCAGGCUAAUCUGAAUCAGGCUCACAAUUCAUCUGAACUGUGAGCAUCUAUUUGCUUGAUUUUUCUUGGGUAUAAAUGUCGAUUUACGCCAGUCUUCUGGGAAGAUUCCAGUGGUGUAUAAACAACUAGUAUAUAUGUUACAGUUCAAGUUGAUUAUCCAGUUGGAGUCGACUCCAACUAGUUGGAGUCAACUCUAACGGCUGGUUUCGUAAAAGUUGAUUAUAAAUAUAAAAUGAAGAUUUAUAUUCAACAUUUACUAGUAAAAGUAGACUCCAACUAGGAAAAGUAUACUCUUCCCAAUGCCAUUUAGUAAAAGUUGAUUCUGAUUCACACAAACAGCCUAUUCUAGAAAUUAAAUGUUACUGAAUAUGUUCAAAUUAGUCUAGGCUCUAUCGUCGCCCCCGUUAGGUAAAUAAUUACUCCGAUUCGAAUUUUUUGCACAAACUUACUCAAAAAGAGGUCCUUAUAACAAAUCUACUGGGUGCCGGGCAGUACCUUGAUCGAUAAAUUGUUUAAACAAUUUUUUUAGACAAAUUCACAAAAAUUAUUUUUUCACUUCGAACAAUUUUUUUAGAUCAUUUGGGUUAUUCUGAGCAAAAAAAGGUAUUUUGUGAUUUUUCUCUAAAAUUGAUUGUUGUCGAGUUAUACGCGAUUUAAAAUUUGAAAAAUGCGAAAAUAGCCAUUUUCAAGGCUUAAUAACUCGGUUAAAAUCCAUUAUUAUGAAAGUCAGAAAGUGACCAAAUCAAAGUUUAUGUGGACCAUAUAUCUGUACCAUCUGUGAAUAAGUCGAUAACUCAAAAAUGCAAACUUUUCGAUAUGGCCAAUUUAAACAUUUUAUUAGUUUUGAAGAAUAAAAAAUUUAAGAUUUGACUUAUCCACUUAUUCACGGAUGGUACAGAUAUAACAAUUUGGCGUUAGAGGAUAACUUUCACUUUGGAUGUCUGGGUUAUGCCAUUAUUUGGAUCAGUUGUAUCAUACUAUAUGGAGAUAAACGAAAUUAACAUUUGCUAUAACAAGGUGUACCUAAUCUAGAAUAUUUUAUUAUUUAUAUUUACAAAUAUAUUUAAUUUAUAAAUUAUUUAUUUAAUAUAACCAUUUUAAAAUAGAUUUCUCUCUUUUCUCGCUAUCAUUUUAACUUUCAAUAAAAUACGCAAAAGUCGUCCAAGGCCUCCAACUUGUUCAUCAGUGUUGUGUUGUGUCCAGGCCUCCGUUCCAUACAAAAGUAUUGACCACACAUAGCAAUGCAGAAAACGACAUCUAAGGCUGAUAUUAAUGCUACUGUUACAAAAUAAGCUUUUCAUUUUGAUAAACCCCUGUCGGGCUACCUCUAUUCUCGCUCUUGACUUCUUGUUUAUAAUCAAGUUGAUUGUUGAACCAGCAACCAAGAUAUUUGUACUGGCUUACGUAUUCAAGCUGUUGGUGUUUCACAUAUUUAUUGGAAGAGGUAAAUUUUUGUUAUAUUCUUAUAACUUUGGUUUUCGCAGUAUUGAUUUUCAUCCCCAUUUUUUCUCAAUGGAACUCUCAGUAACCCUAUCCAACAGUAUCUGCCGACUAUGGUCCGAAUCAGUCAUUAAUACUGUGUCAUCUGCAUACCGGAUGUUAUUUACUCUCUGCCCGUUUAUCCUGAUUCCUUCUGAAGAGUGCGAUAAAGAGUUCGCAAAUAUUACCUCAGAGUAGACGUUAAAAGUAUGGGUGAUAGCACACAACCCUGUCUAACACCUCGUUGUAUUUCAAUUGGCCUUGACGUAUUACCAUUGGUCUUUAUGAUUGCUGUCUGAUUCCAAUAAAUAGCCGCUAUAAUUUUAGAAUCUCUUUUGUCGACUCCGAUGUCGUUCAAUCUUUCUAUCAAGGUCUUGUGCUUCACCCUAUCGGACGCUUUCUCAAAAUCUAUGAAACAGAUAAAAAGGUCUGCUUGCUGAUCUUUGUAUCUUUGUGCCAAGACAGAAUAUUGCUUCUCGUGUCCCCAUACCUUUCCUGAAGCCAAAUUGUUCUUGACCGGUGACCUCAUCACAUUUUUUAUAAUAUAUUCUGUUCUGUAUGAUACGCAAGAAAAGCUUCAGAAUGUUAUUUAAUAGACGUAUAAGGCGGAAGUCCUGGCAUAAUUUGGCGUUCUUCUUUUUAGGCAGUGGUAUGAAGACUGAUUCAAGCCAUAUUUUAGUUAUAGUCCCUGUAUUGUAAACAUUAUUAAAUAGUCCAAGAAGAAGGUCUAAGUUUUCCUAGUUGAUUAACUUCAAUAGCUCAGCUGAUAUUUCAUCUUUUCCUACAGAUUUGUUGUCUUUUAGUUGACGUCCAUUAAAUCCAAUAUUUCCUCUGCCAUCCAUCUUUGCUUCCGUGGUCGCUGUUUUGUGAGAAUUUCAGUUGCCGUUGCAAGGGCGUGUCUGAUUUCCUCCCGAAGGCGAAAGUUAAGGAUGUUUAAUUAUAUGAAAGUGUGCUAAAAAACAGUGCGAAAAAGUAAAACCGAUUUAAAAUACAUUGUUACUUCGGACACUUUAAACCCUUCAUGUACUGCUAUCUAUAUUUACAAUUUUCACACAAUAAAACCUUUACAUCAGCGAUUCUCAAUCUUUUUGAGUCAUGUACCAUCCAAAGUUUCUUUUAUUAUAUUUCUACAUUUUUAGAUUGUAUAAUCAAGACUUACUAUGUACUACUAUUUUAAGUUUUUGUGUGUUUUGUGUACCACCGCAAAUAAUGAUAUGUACCACCAGUGGUACAUGUACUACAGAUUGAGAACCGCUGCUUUACAUAAUAUGAGAUAGAGUAGAUAAAAAUUAUUUUUGUGAAUUUGGUUAUCAAAAAUUGGUUAAACAAUUUUUCGGCCGAGGUACCGCGUGACACCCUGUGUAUUUGUUAUAAGGAUUGUUAUACGGAUAUAUUUCUUUGAGUAAGUUUGUGCAAAAAAUCGAAUCAGAAUAAUUUACCUAACGGGGGCGACGUUACAGACUAUACUAAUAAGUAGUUGAAACGGUCAAAACAAAGAAACGCACACUCAUCAAAAAUGCACUUGAGAUUCUCGUAUAAUCAACAUUUACUGAAUCGAUCCAGGAAGAGUCAACUCCAACUAGUAAAAGUUGAUUUAAAUUUUUAAAAUCAACUUUUACUGAUCGUUUCAGUUGGAGUUGACUCCAACUAGUUGGAGUCAACUCUAACUGAGAAUCAACUUGAACUUUAACAUAUACAUAUAAACAACAUAAAAGAAGGCAAAAUUGAACUAAAAUAGAGACUAUACCUAAAGAACAAGAAAUAUGUAUGUUGGUGUAGUAUUAUAUGUAUAAAUCAGGUUUUACUUUUCUGAGUGUUUGUGACAGAUGGACUUCAAAAUUUUCAAUCUUAGAAACAGAAUCAGUAUCUCUGGGAUGUUCAAAAACUUGUUUUAAAUCAGGUGUAAGGCUACUUUUGUAAUAUGUAAUAUAAUAUAGUUAGAUAAUGUCAAA